AUGCUUACGGAGCGAGAAAUGCAAAUAAGCCCCAUUGUGCAAGAGUCUGUGAUGCACAAUAUGAAGACCCUCGCAACUCUCCACAAUCUCACAGCCUCCCUCUUUGGUAUCGCCGCCGGUAUUCUCGGUCUCGAAUCCUACCCUGGAUUUUUAUUCUACAUCUUCUUCACGCUCUUCACUACUACCUUCGUAUAUGUCUUUCGCAUAGCUCCGCAUAUGAGUAAAGACACAAUGGGGAAUAGAUAUUUUAGAGGGGCGUGGGAGUUUUGGACCAGUGGUUUGGUAGAGGGACUGAGUGGAUUUGUAUUGACUUGGACGUUAUUUUAUGGGUUGGUCAGGGCGUGA